UCAGUCAGACCUCGCCAUUCACGAUAACUACACCGCAUCAGUUUGAUUGGCACCGAAAAUAUUUUGUUUGAUUGCGUCCACCGCAAGCCUGUGAUAGUGGUUUUAGCUAACACCGACUAGGAUUACAGUCUACUUGCAGCGUACUUGAUUUACGACUAAACAGCUCAUUCGAUAGUUGGACACUGUGUGCGUAGUCGGUAGGUAUAUUACGGUGGUCUAACAGCUCAGACAAAGUGAUAACGGUCACGUUUUAUCUCUAAGCCCCCUCCCCUCUCAUUUUUAUUUUUCCUCGACUCUUUGCGUGAAUUCGUGCUUCAGCAUUUGGCGCACUAGACGACAGUCUGUGUUUGAGGGGCUGACGUUUGAAUGUGCGUCACCGCCAAGCCAUCAACAUGAAUAACCACAUACGAAUGGAAUAUAUGCACCUGCUGCCCUGGCGCCGGCUCGUUAAAGAAAAUGGAGACGAGGAGCUUGGACUUGACGACGACAAUUUGUCUGAAUCCGAGACUCACUAUCACGAUGUCAAUAACCCACGGGGGUCGGUGUACAGCAAGUACAGUUUAAACGAAGGCGAUUUACAACUCUUGGGUUUAAUUCGCGAAGAGAAUGGAAUCAUCGAAGAAACGGAGACCACUGGUGAAAGGUUUUCCACCACUAUUAACCAACGUCUGAUGAUGGCCGUUGAAGACAGAGACAUUAGUGGAAUCGAGUUUUGCCUAAAUAGCGGAGCGGAACCCAAUGGCCAAUACGGGCCCAACAAAAUCACAGCGCUUCAUUUAGCGACGGUUGGAGCGCCAGAGGCUGUUCAAGUCCUUUUGAAACAUGGCGCUGACGUAAAAGCGGCCGAUUCGAGGGGCAUAACACCACUUCACCUAGCGGCUGGCAUUGGUUGCGAGAAUCUGGUCCAACAGCUGAUCGUUGCUGGAGCUGACGUAAACGUACAGGAUUACGCCAGAGAGAAUGGAGGAGGGCAAGAAACCCCACUCCAUCGGGCGGCUGUCGGAGGUCAUCUGGAAGCGUUACGACAAUUGAUUCAUGGUGGAGCUCAGGUGGAUAUUGGCGAAGUUAGAGGACGGACCCCACUUCAUUACGCAGCUCAGCGAGGGGCAGCUGGCUGCAUCCAAGCUUUGCUGGACUAUCAGGCCGAUCCAAACCUAUCCGAUAAAACAGGGGCUACUGCUUUGCUACUCUUAGGAGGAGGUUACCUCAUCAAAGGACAUCGUCGUGUUUCAGGGUAUUCUGAAAGUGUUGAAAUACUAAUCAGAGGAGGAGCCAAAGUAAAUGUCAAAGACCCGAACACGGGCGUUACUCCCUUACACCAAGCCGUAACGCUUGGCCGACUGGAGUCGACCAAAUUAUUGCUGGCAUCCGGUGCCGAUCUGACCGCACAGGACAGCGAAGGUGGCACUCCGUUUCACUCUUGCGCACUCAAAGGACAAGCGUCUACUCUCAAAUAUUUAUUAUCCCAGCCGGGCGCUAGAGACGCCGUCAAUUUGGCCGAUUCGAAAGGUCGCAUGCCGCUUCAUAAAGCAGCUUACCGUGGAUCGGCCGAAUGUAUUCAACUUUUGCUUAAGGCUGGCGCCGACCUGGGCGCCAAAACCAAAACGGGCUUGAGUGCGGCAACGCUCAUUCUCCAAUUACCGAAUGGGGCGAAAAUUUUGAGCAAAAGACUGGAUGAAUCCAUCAUCUCGAACGGAAUCGAUCCCAGCGAAGUGGCCUGUCGUAUCAAAUUCGAUUAUUCAGUACUGCUGACUAAGCACAAGUUUCAACAAAUGGGCGUUAUCGAGGAUAUCAUGGACGAUAGACGUCAGAGGCGUACGGCAGAUUUACUUCAACAUCCGGUCAUCGAGUCCUUCCUAUUUUUGAAAUGGCGCAAGAUCCGAUUUCUCUUCUUUUCAAACAUUCUUUUGUAUUUGAUUCUGGUAUCGGGAGUAACCGCCUACGUUCUGUCGAGCGUCUGGAAUGACCCCGAACCGCCAGUUGAACCUGAGCUCACCACAAUUUCACCAAAUUUGAAUAUCAGCGAAACAGCAACGGAACCUUUACCUACAAGUCCAAUCACUUCGGAACCAGAAACUGUCAUGCAAUUGCAGUUAUCGUUGAACAUCAUUAUUCUAAUAAUCAUCGUGCAGGAGGUGAUUCAGUUUACGUCACUACACUAUCAGUAUUUCCGUGAACCAGAGUCUUGGAUAAAACUGGGAGCUCUCGUCACUUCGACCAUCGUCAUCUUCUCUGCCCCUCCUUGGCCAAGCUGGGUUCAUCAUCUGUCGGCUGUGGCCGUUCUUCUAGGCUGGUCUGAAGUCACCCUUCUCCUCGGACGAUUGCCAACGUUUGGAGUUUAUGCACUCAUGUUCUACGCAGUGGCACAGCACCUGGUCAAAUUCAUCUUCGUCUUUUUCUUCUUCCUCGCUGGUUUCUCGUUUAGUUUCCAUCUUUUUUUCAAAGAUCGACACGAAACGUUCAGCUCACCGGGGACGUCAUUGUUACGCACAUUUGCUAUGAUGAUUGGUGAUACUUCUUACGACGAUUACAUGACUGAAGGUAACGUCAGUCUAGAAGGAACGGCGCACGUGAUCUACUUCUUUUUCCUUGUACUGGUUUCACUUAUCCUGAUGAACCUGCUUAUUGGCUUGGCCGUCAACGAUAUUCAAGGGCUGCAGAACGAAGGCCGUGUCAAGAGGUUGCGUAAACAGGCGGAAUUCAUCGUCUAUUUAGAGGACAUUGUCAGCAACCGGUUUUUGCGUUGGGUUCUUUUCUGCUCGGGGAUCACCCAGCGAUUAAACAUGUGGAUCAACUUGGAGCCGGUUUUCACAUUCAGCCCUGCCGGACGGAAAAUGAAAGUCGUCGUCUUGCCAUCAUCAACGGUGGAACGAGCUGUUGCCAUAGUUCAAGAAGGUCGUGUGCCAGUGGAAAGUAUGACCAUAAGCGAUACCUAUAAUUUGUUACACGAAUGUGUAGCUUCUAUCGGAGCUCUCCGACAACGUAUCGAAAGCUUAGAGCGGGGUCUGGUCGGACCUGUAUCUGCGGCAGCUUUGCCGGAUUCCGGUUCUUCUGAAACGGUUGAACUGACCGGAGACGCCGGUGUUAGUCAGGAGCCGCCAGAUUCUGCUGAUCAACAAGAGGAUUCUGAUUCUUCUGUUUCUGAACUGGAUUAUCCCAAAAGCCACAAAGGCGAUCCGGAUGGUAUUUCAGACCAUCGGGAUGGGCCUUACAUCAGACUGGGCAGGUCGUUAUCGCGUAAGACCAACAAGACAACCAAAACCGUUUUGAAGCGUUCCAUCCAAUCGGAGUUACUAGACAUUAAGCGAAUGUUAAUAACUCUCACUUCCAAAGGUGACAUCUCAUCCUAGACCCAUAAGUUAUUUCGUCUUUUUUUUUUUUUUUUUAAUCUACAUUGUUUUUUUACUGAUAUGCAUGUUGCCUGUUAAUGAAUCUCUUCGUUUUAUCUUUUGUUAUACCCGCAAUAAUCCAUAAACUGUGAUGCAAUUUAUUCAUUGAAAAAUACCGAAUACACCAAGUCAAAACCGCA